AUGGAGUCCGUGGAGGUUACUCAGGUCGCCACCCGCGUCGUGUACGCUGACGCUGAGGGCGCCGUGCACAUGGGCCUGCCGAUUUAUAUCGACGACACGGGCGCGUGCCACGCGGGGCACGUGGAGCAAGCUAACGAGGAGGCCGUCGUCAGUACCAUCUUCGACGGCACCACAACAACGGAAUCUAGCGCCGCGGAGAAGAAGCUUAUGGUGGAGCGCGUGGUCGACCAGGCCAUGCACGUCGAGGAGGGUUCCGAGGACGACGAGCGCCGCCGGAAAGUGCGCUCGAUGAUGAAGCGCCUCCAGACCUCGCCUAGCGGCCGUACUCUUGAGGAGAAAGAUGCUCUGCGUCGCGCCAUUAUCUGCGACCGUGGGCUGCGAAGGCAGGCCAGCGCUGAUAGCGCCACCACAUCGCAGAACAUCUGCUUCCUCACUGCUGCCCCUGCGCCGCUGCUGCUUCCCUCCGUGUUUUAG